UUUCUCUCUCUCUCUCUCUCUCUCUCUCUUUCUCUCUCGCUCGCUACCGCGAACUCGAUCGGCAUCGGCACCCACCCGAGGGGAAACGCGAUUCCCUUUUCCCUUCGCAACUCCUUCUUCAGGAUUCCAAUUCCAUCCCUAUAAGCUUUCUUUCUUAUUUUCAAUUUAGGGUUUCUCUCUUAUUUCAUCUUCUUCCUUUUCGUUUCGCACGCAAAUUCUUUCGUUCUUCUCCUUUUCCCUCCUUAUCUUAUCUUCUUUUCCCCUUCCCCUUUGAAUCUUCAGACCUAUCGGUUGUUGACGAGACCAAAAAACAAAAACAAAAAAAGAAGAGAGAGUAGGGAUUUCGAUUUGUAAUUUUAUUUUUGUUGUUCUGUGGAUAUAUUCGAUUCUAUUUUCCGUCCUCUGAUUAUAUUCUAGCUGUUGUUUUUAGGGAAAUUAUUGUCAAUUGGGUUAUUCGCAAGAAACUCUGUGAAGUUUUUGGUGCGUCGUUUUAGUUUGCCAUCCGAAAUCGAGGGUUUUCUUGUUAGAUCUCUGCUAGUGCCACACUUUUUUUUUAAAUUUUUUUUUAGGUUUUUAUAUUUUUUUUUCCUUUUCAUCUUGUAUCCUUCUGUUAUUCUGAGAAGGAAAAGAAAAAAAAAAAAGCGUCUCGAAAAAAAUUAGGGUUUGUUUAUUGAUUUAGGGUUGUGUACAUAGAUAGGUAGAUAGAUACAUGCGAUGGCGUUGAAUUUCUCGCAUCGACCGAUUUUUUCUGAGGAUAAUUUGGUUUCGCCGAUGAGGAUGGGAAUUCCAGAGAAGAGUGUUGUUGACAAUUGCUUUGAUUAUGGGAGAGAGAGGGGUGGUGGUGGUGCGAACCACGAUGACAUUCUCGAUCUUUUGCCUUCGGAUCCCUUCGGCAUGGACAUCAGCACCACCGUCACAGCCAUCACCGGGUGGCUCGAGGAUUUGGAGAUUGUUGAUUAUGGUGGGUACCGAAGGGAUGAGCUUGGGGCGAGUGAUGGCAAUUACCAGCUUUUUGCUGGGUUGAAUUUCAUUUGGAACAAUGCUAUGAGGUUCCAUGCUUCUUGUGUUGAGGAGAAGAGAGGGUUUGGCGAGAGUUGUUCUGUGAGAAAUGAUGGGGCUGCUGCUGCAUCGAGCAAUUUUGGGUUUGGAUCUGUUAAUAAUUAUGAUGAAGUGUCGGGUUUGCCUGCUAUUAGCAGGUCUGGUGAUGUUGUGAGACGGGUUGGAGGAGCAGGCAGGGGUGAUGUUGCGAGACCGGAUGGAGGAGGAAGUGGGGGUGAGGAGCUUGCUCCUCACCCGGCCUUGAGUUUUUCUCUUGGUUACCUGGGUUUGUCUGAUCUGCUUGUUGUUGAAAGGGUGUGUAAAUCUUUGCAUUCCACGGUUUGUGGGGAUCCGCUUUUAUGGAGGAGUAUUCAUGUGGAUCCGCCUUUGAAUGAGAGGAUUACCGAUGAUGUUCUUUUCCAAUUGACCAACAGGGCUCAAGGUCAUCUUCAGUGCUUGAGCCUGGUCGAGUGUACCAGGAUAACAGAUGAUGGUUUGAAGCGGGUUCUUCAAAGCAAUCCCAAGUUAACCAAGUUGAGUGUUCCAGGAUGCACAAGACUCAGUAUUGAGGGUAUUGUGGGGAUUUUAAAAGCUUACAACUCUAUGGGUACCCAAGGGUUGAAGCACUUACACAUAGGUGGUCUUUAUGGUGUUACGCAAAAGCAUUUUGAAGAGCUGAGUUUCUUGUUGGGGGCUGAUGGUCCGCUGCUCCAGCACUCUCACAAACCACACUAUUAUUGCAGGGGCAACUUGUAUCUUUCCUGUGAUGAUGAUCGAGUCAUAGACAUUGAAGUUUGUCCACUAUGCCAGAAUUUGAGGCUUGUGUAUGAUUGCCCGGCGGAGAGUUGUCAAGGGGUGGAACACACUACUCAGAUUUGCAGGGCAUGCACUCUAUGCAUACCCAGGUGUAGCCAGUGUGGUUGCUGCAUCAAUGAUAGUGAAUAUGAGGAAACAUUUUGUCUGGAAUUGCUUUGUUCUUCUUGCUCUAAGCAGCUAGUCAAAUGUUCAGAAAGAGAAGAUAGGAAGAUUGGGUCAGAUAAAUCAGCUGUUAUUCAUGAGCAAAGCUAGGUUUGUCAUAGUAUCUUGUUGAAGAAGUCUUUGAGGAGAAAGUCUCCUAUGGAAGUCCUAUGAAAUGUUGGGUGCUGUUGGAGUUGUGUGGCAAUCUGUAUUUGGUCUCUUGGAAGUGGGAUUCAUUCAGGGAUUGUUCUCUUGUAGAGAAAGUGGGAAAUGCGUUCAUUUUUUUUUGUUUCCUGCAGUUACUAGAGUGUAACCUGCAGGAACCAGAUGAUUACCACGAUUAUUAUUGAUCACCUACUGCAUACAAUGGAUUUUCAGUUACGUGGCGCGUUGUGAUUAUGAGGUUAUGAAGGCUGCAGUCGGGGCGUUGUGCUUUGCAACAUCACAUUCUAAUAACAUUUGUGAUUGGCUCUAAUGCAUGCAUAACCAGUUUGAACACUCUGAUCCUUUAGACUUAUGGUUACUUUUUCAUUAGCUGUAUUGAUAAAUUCACUAAUGCCAGGCUGUGGUGUAUGUACCUUUAUUUUUUAUUUUUGCCAUCCUUGGAGGAGAAAAUAAGGAAAGUGGUAUUAUGAUGUCUUUAGAUAUCCAUGCUUAUGUCACUUUUAGCUUUAGCUUGUAUCAAGUGAAAUUCAUUUAUGGUGGACUUAAGACCUUAAAAUGAAUACUAUUUAUUUUAUACUUGAGUAUGUUCUGGGAAAUUUGUUUCUGUUCCUAUUUUCCUGCUCCGUAUUGAAAGAGUUUCUUGUUAUGUUGGCC